CUUCCUUUUUUUUUUUUUUUUACAUUAUCACACAUACAUAUAGACAAUGGUCACUGACGAAAGGAAACGUAAACACAAGCACGAAAAAAAAGAACACAAGGAUAAGGACCGAAAAAAGCACAAGAGUCAUGCUAUUGUGGUGGAUUCUGGUAAACGUCGAACCUCUGUAGCACAAGUCAAUCUUCCAACUGGCUUGUCUUCUUUCUCUGAAGUGGUCAUCAAGUUGUACAUUCAUCUUGCGCCUAUGUGGUCAGGGAAAACUAUGGAUGGUGUGAAUGAAAUCCUUAAUGCCUUUUUGAUGAAACAUGUUCCUGAGGUAGACGGUAUCGUGUUGGCUCAUUCUGAUGUGGAAUUGCUAGGCGAAAAGGGCAAGGUAUUAUAUGAUUCUCCGUUCUGUCACUUUUUCAUAAAGGCGAAAUUACUUGUAUGGAAACCAAAGAAAGGAUCCAAAUUAGUGGGUAGGAUCAAUUUACAAUCACAGGAUCAUAUUGGUCUUUUGAUCUAUGGUACAUUCAAUGCAUCAAUUCCCAAGUCACGUAUCUCUAGUGAAAAAUAUGAAUGGCGUACGUCUGAAGAUGAUGAUAAUGAUAACAAUGACGAAACAUCAGGUGAUGACGAAGAACAAGCUGAAAAGCGAAGCCAACAUGGUGAAUGGGUACUCAAGGAUUCUGGUGCUAGUAUUGGUGGGGACGAUGGCUCUUUAGAAUUCAGUGUGGUUGACAUUAUCGAAGCUAAUGAUAUUUUGACAGUGACAGGCUCUUUGUAAAAUAGUAUAUUUGUUUUGUCUUUUUUUUUUUUUUUCUUCUCAUCUUCACAUUUUAUCCUUCUCUUAUGUUAUUCUCAAUUAUACACAUACACUCACAUACAUCAUAUCUAUCCUCAUUACUUGUAUACACCUCUUUAUUGUCAUUGUUACUGCUACUCCUUUUUUUUUGGUUACAAAAAUAUAAUAAAAUGAAAGAACUGUAGAUCAU